UAACUCAUAAAUGACAAAUAUUACAUAAGGAAAUAUUUUAAAAUUCAUUUUCACUAUGGAUUGUAAAUUUCUCGUGAAUCGAGCCCCGUUUGAGCAUACACCUACUAACUCAGUCUAGUGUUUGGUUGUGUGACUGUGACACAUCAGUGAAACCGAAUAACGUGAACUUUGUGGCCCCCAGAGUGAGGACCGGGGGGACAAAGGGGUAAUCGCUGUUAUAUCACCAGGAAUUUGAUUAUCCGUCAUAAAUAAAAUCGCGAAGAUAUAAUCGCAAUAAGUGGAUUAUUUAACGGGAAUAUUCAUCACAUGUCCAUGCUAUUUUCAAAGAGGAAGUUCGCUGACAAUAUAGAAGGAAAUAUUGCACAUUAAUCCAGUUCAAACAAAAGAGGUAGACAGGGUUCUGGGCAACAUCCAUAUACAAUAUUUUGUGUAGAGGAGACAGCAUCUCUGGAGGGGAUUUCUAACAAUGGAUGCUGGGCAUUCCUUCUCAGAUUUGAAUUUCGAAUCUGGGACUUACUCAAUUGUGGAAAUAAUAAGAAAUUUUCCGUUGCCUGUGGUGGUGUUGUGUGAUACUUCUAAAAGUGCAGUUCCUGUUGACAGGACAAGAUUUAAUUUUGAUCUCAGACAACCUCUGGUUUUGUACAGAGCUAGAAACAUAAAGAAAAUUUCUGCCAAAAGCGUGAACAUAGACCCGUCGUCUCGAGCAUUUCAGGAUGUCGGCGACCAGUUACUUAUACCUGAAGAUUACAAAGGUUACUUUUCAUUGUUGAAGAAGAACUAUAACAACGGUCCCGUUGACGAUUUUGUCCCCCACUAUCAAGAAAUCUCUGCAUUGGCGGGAACAGAUACUGAAAAUUUCCUCAUCGGUGGAGACCGCCGAGUACAGGCCCUGCAAAUUGUGCGUCGGGAAAAUGGAAGCAUUAUUCAUCAACAACGCACACUAUUUCCAGGCGAUGUUUUGCGAAAAGGAAAAAUUUAUGUUGGUGAAAAAAGGAGAAAAAGUAAGCUGUUUCGAAAAACGAAAGUCGUGACGGAAAAAUACAUGUUGUGUACAGAUGACGCAGAUCGAGAAAUUUUGAUUCCGUUCGACCAAAAAGGAUUAUUUUACACCUUAACUACUACUUCUGGGGGCGCUAAUCGUCCGGUUCUGCAAAUGAGCGAAAUCGUCAAUAAGAAAUGUUUCCCUUGUAUUGUUCGCCUUGUUUAUGGCCGUAUCCCGAACACGCCAUGUUCUUUUACUGGAACACUUCGUCUGGAACGAGCAGAUCUGGAGCAAUCGGUAGUAGCCGCAACAUUACUCAACACAAAAAAUAUUCUUUUGGAAAUUCCCACUUCCUGUGACUUGCAGUUCAAUGUAGUUGUGUCCAAUGAUGACCUUAUACGCAUGCCAACGUAUCAUCAAGCUUUGGACUUGUGUAACGAGAAAGGAUCAAUUUAUAUGAGAAAUAUCAAAGUCUGCUACAAGAUUACCAGCGACUCUCAUAAUGAGCCACCAUCUGAUUUGCAGAUGGAAGAUGAAAUUGCGACAAAACUAGUGCAAUACCGUCAAAGGAUUUCUACGCAAAUCUCCAUUGGAACUGACGCCUCGGAAGACAACAGUCAAGGCUCAGAUUCGCGCGCUGACCGAACAUCUGACUAUGUGGACAUGCAGUCUGUCGAAAGUGACUCAGUUGAUGAAAACCCCCAUGGGUUAUCUCUAUUCUCCACAGAAAUCGAUUCUAAUGACGAAUCCCCAUUCCCCUGCGCAUGUCCUAAUCAAUUUUCUAACCCGCACUAUAUGGAAAGCCAAAUCUCCGUAGAGCACAAGUGUUUACUUGUUGAAAUGAAAAUCGAUGAGGAUUUCACAUGCCAGCCCGAUGAACCCCCAGGGAUAAUACAAAAGCUGAUUCAAGAAGCAGCACCCAAACCAUGCUCAGGAUCUGGCGGGUCUUUCGACAGCGGAAUACAAAUGGAACCAGACGGACAAGGUGGUAGGCGAUCAUCUACUCAAGUCUUCUCCGAAGCUGCACAACAUUUUGAUGAUGAUUCAACAUAUGACAUACCCCAUCUGCCCUCUAGACGAGUCAGUGCACCACCUGGGUGCAACAUAUUGCCUCCUACCUCUGAAAAAAGCGCGGAGCACGCAAGGGAAGCAUUCAACCGCCGCCCUUCAAUAUUUCCACCACCAUUACCAACCACAAAAGAAGACUUGUCACCAAUCGAGUUUGCAAUAGAGGAAUUGGAUUCGGAAGAAGAGGCAAUGGAGCCUAUCUAUCAAAACAUUGAGGGGUCAUACAGUAAAAUGGAAGAUCUAUUCAGAUACGGGGAUGGAAGCCUGAGAACGCAGGCCAGUUCUCGGUGUUCCUCAACACGAGAUUCGGGACACCUCUCAGAUGAAUGUGUUCCUGGUCGUUCCAGCAAAAACUUUGAUCGGGAUCGACUGUCACCAAACAUCUUUCAGACAAUUCCAAUUGGUGAGAUCCCUGAUCUUCCUCGAAGUCGAAGAAAUUCUAUCAGCCCGGUCGCGGACAAUAAUACGAAUUCCUCUUUGCCAAUUCCUGCCCUUCCAAUGUCGAAAGACUCUUUAAAAGAUAACAAAUGUGAUAGCUCUAGCCUUUCAACAAAAGACCCAAGCUCAGGAGAAAAUUUAAACACAGAUUCAAACGAAGAAAACAACAACUUAAACAAGUCUACAGGCGUAGACACAGAAAUCAACAUUGAUAACUUUACAGAAGUAUUACAAUUGACAGAAACCGGCGACCAAGACGUGUUUUAUGAAACUGAACAUAGCAACGAGAAACAAUGUCCUCCUAAUCGUACGAGUGAAAUUGUUGACAAGGAUAGAAAUUAUUCUAUCUCGUCUCUGCGCAGUCUCGAUAUUUCAGACGAUAACUUGGAAAACUGUGAUGUGAGUGACCAGACACCAAGACAAGAGGAAAAAAAGGUCUACAAGCGUUGUCGACCCAAAAUCAAGUCGGAAGAAAAGAGAUCCCGACAAUCCAAAGAUAUUUCUAAGAUGACGGUGCAGGAACUAGCUGUAGAAUUUCGACGCGUUGGCAUAAAAGAGCAAACUAUCGAGUUGGUUAUUAGUGAGAAUUUGAAUGGAUUGACCUUGUUAGGGAAGUACCAGGAGCACGACACUAUAGGGGCUUUCCUGCCUACAGCAGGGCUAAUCGACCAGCAGAAGAUUUCCCUAUUUAUACAAGGGUGUAAAUACUGAAAAAUAUAAAAUAUACAUGUAAUCAUUUUAGUGUAAGCAAAAUAUCACGCAUGUAGAUAUCAAAAAAUGAAAUCAUCAGUACAUUUACUAAUAUUUUGUUAGUAAUAAUCUUAUGUUAUACAGUGUAUUAUAUUUCGAUAAAAGGAUUUACUUUUUCCUUUGAAA